UAACGGAGUAAAGAGAGAUAACGGAUCCGCUGCUUUUAAUCGAUUACCCGAGAAACAGCGCAGCUUCUCUCCGGGCGGCAGCAGCUCCGAGCGGGGACGGAGCGAGGACUGACCGCUGGAAGGUGGACCUGUUUCCCGCAUAGCUCGUCUUCACCUCACAGAUGCGGGGUCUCUCCAUCCAUGGCUUCCUCCAGGUGACCUCUAGUGACCUCAGUCACUCCUGACUGCAGCUUUAAACCCUGAUCCACCUGAAGACUUCUGCAGAGAUCUCUCCCUCUCUCUCAUCCUCUUAUUAGAGCUGCUGAAUUAUUUAUGAUCAGACAGUGGGCUCUGCUGCUGAGCCAGAAAGAAAUGUAGAGCUAGUGAGAGGAAAAGAUGGAGUGAGAAAGGGAAGUAUGGAGGUGUCCUACGCUGCAGGAAGCCGUGAGUCAGCAGGAAGAGAAAGAGAAAGACCCAGUGGGAGGGAAGAUAGAGAGUUUAUAGAUAGCUUUAGGUGAUAGGAGUGGAGAGAGUGGCGUCAAAUGCCUCCCGGUGUGUGUGACUGUGUGUGACUGUGUGUGUGUGUGAACGUGUGUGUGCAUGUGCCUAUCGAUUGAGCAGAGAAGGUAAUGGAGCCGAGAGGAGAUUAGCAAACUAGACUCGGGAGCACGGCGGCAGAGCUAACGCCUCCUCUGAAUAGCAGCUACACAGAAAAAGGAGAGCCAAAAAAGAGAGAGAGAGAGAGAGAGAGGGAGACAAGGCGAAGGACGAGAGGAGCUGCUACAGCAUGGGGGAGAGCUAUGUGUACCAGCGACUCCCCUACACCAGAGGAAAGGAGGAGGAGGGGGAGGAGGAGGACGAAGAGGAGAGAGCCGGGAGGAUCAGAGAGAGUGUCGGGGGACAAAUGAUGCAGUGCGAGGAGGGGACAGAUUGGCUGCUGGAGUUGCUGACAGAUGUGCAGCUGCAGCAGUACUUCCUGCGUAUCCGCGAUGAGCUCAACGUCACGCGACUCUCCCACUUCGACUACGUCAAGAAUGAAGACCUGGAGAAGAUCGGCAUGGGACGCCCGGGUCAGAGAAGGCUUUGGGAGGCCGUCAAGAGGAGAAGAGCUCUUUAUAAACGCAAGUCCUGGAUGAGCAAGGUGUUUCCGGUGAAACGACCUGACGCCGACCCCCAGCAGCCCCUCCCUCAGGGGGCAUCGUCCAGUGCGGCACCGGCCAACAGCGAGCCGGCAGCCUCGCUCACCUGCCUCAUCAGAGAGUCGGAGCUGCAGCUGUUUGAGCGGCUGGGAGACGGCACGUUCGGGGUGGUGCGGAGAGGGGAGUGGACCGGACCCAACGGCAGAGUGCUGUCAGUGGCAGUGAAGUGUCUGAAGGCCGGUGUGUUGGACUCUGAUGGUCUGGAUGAUUUCAUCAGAGAGGUGAACGCCAUGCAUUCGCUGAGCCACCAGAACCUCAUCCGACUCUACGGCAUCGUCCUCACGCAGCCCAUGAAGAUGGUGGCUGAGCUGGCACCUCUGGGUUCCUUGUUGGAUCGUCUGAGAAAGCGUCAGGGUCACAUCCUCAUCUCCUCUCUGUGUAACUACGCUGUACAGGUGGCGUGCGGCAUGACCUACCUGGAGCAGAGACGUUUCCUCCACAGGGACCUGGCCGCCCGCAACGUUCUGCUGUCCACCAAUGAAAUCGUAAAGAUCGGAGACUUCGGCCUGAUGAGAGCGCUGCCAACACACACCGACCAGUACAUCAUGGAGGAGGGCCACAAAAUCCCUUUCCCGUGGUGUGCUCCUGAGUCUCUGAAGUCUCGCACUUUCUCUCAUUCGUCUGAUACCUGGAUGUUUGGGGUCACUCUGUGGGAGAUGUUCACCCACGGACAGGAGCCGUGGCUGGGCCUUACCGGGAGCCAGAUCCUCCACAAGGUGGACGUGGAUGCUGAGAGGCUGUGUAAACCAGAUGACUGUCCUCAGGAUGUUUACAAUGUCAUGCUGCAGUGCUGGAGCCCCAAACCCGAGGACAGACCCACCUUCAUCGCCCUCAGAGACUUCCUGCUCGAGACGAUGCCGACAGAUAUGAAAGCGCUGCAGGACUUCGAGGAGGAAGACAAGCUCCAAAUUAAAAUGAACGACGUCAUCACCAUCAUAGAGGGAAGGGCAGAGCACUACUGGUGGCGAGGUCAGAACAGGGGGACGCUGCGUCUGGGUCAGUUUCCUCGCCACGUGGUGACGUCAGUCGCCGGCAUGUCGGUCCACGAUAUCAGCCGACCGCUCAAACACUCCUUCAUCCACACUGGACACGGAGACACAGACCCUCACAGGAGCUGGGGACAUGCAGAUCGCAUAGACAGCCUGUACUUGGGGAACCCGAUGGACCCUCCGGACAUCCUUGGGAUGGACUCGGGCACCGCAAGGCCGACCAAACUCCCCAACCGUUCCAAGAAGCAACCUCCUCCUCGUCCGCCCCAACCUGCUGUUCUGCUGAAGAAGCCGUUCUACGACUCUGUGAUAGACGAUUACGACGACGACGACGACACCAGCGCCUCGUCGGGGCUGAGGAGGCUCGGAGUGUCCCUGGGGCUGAAGCUCCGACCGUGGGAGGGGUCCGGCGUGCGCUCGGCCAAAAGCGAGGUGUCACUCAUCGACUUCACUGAUGACAGCUUCAGCUCGACCACUCCCUCGCCGCUUACUGAGAUGCGGCAGGCUGACGAGGACACACUGAAGGACACUCCAUCCAUCCUGGACUGGCCUCUCCCUCAGCCAACUUAUGACGAGGUUACUACGGAGCUCGAGGAUCAAUCAGAGGACCAGGAGGUGCGGUCUAUCAAUAAGGGACUUCCUGAGGAGACCGCAGCCACGCCGUGCACCAGUAUGAUGGGCAGGAGCGAGUCACAGUCAGCUGACCUCUUCCAAGAACUACAGAGAGAGGUGAUGGUGAAGCUUCAGGUUCCCAUGGCAACAGGCCGCUCUCUCCCCUCCUCCCCCCUCCCGAUGACCGUGGCUCCUUUGGGCACCCACCGACAGAUUUACCUGCCUCCUCCCUCCCCCACCUAUACGUCCUCCUUCGCCUGCUGCUUCGAGGACCGGCCGGUGCUGCCUCCUCGCAGCCCCGUCCCCCCGUUGCGUCCCUCCAAGCGCAACCCCUCCACCCGCACCACCCACCCGCAGGUGCGCUCCAGCUCCAUCUCCAUGAGCGACGUGGAAGACACACCUCCUCAGAUCCCCCCCAGAGACCACGCCUUCUCUCAGCCAGGCUCCCGCUCCUCCUCUCCGCUCCCACUGGUGCCACCGCUAUCCUCCUACCCUGUGGCCCUGCCUCCUCCUCCCCUCUCCGCCUCCCCGCGCCGGGCGUACGGACUCAUGGGUCCCCUUCUGUCCUCCAACUCUUCCCCGACUCAAGCCACAUUACAUUCCUCACGGCUCGCAGCUAGUGGUUCCUCCUACUCAUCCAGCUCCUUGUUGGAUCCUCUUGCCUUUCGUGAGGGGCGUGGCCUUUCCUCACUGAUUGACAGCUCCCAGAGCUCUGCUCCAGCCCCGCUACCAGAGCGACCGGCUUUUCUGGAAAGAUAUGGAGCAGCCAAUAUGGCGGCAGUCAAACCCAUGAUUCAGCAUCCCGGCGGAGCCAAACCAAACUCCUCCUACAACAACAACAAUGGGCGAACUACAACUCCCAGCAUGCUACAGGAGCAGAGCGUCACACAGGUCCAAGGAGCAGUUCAUGGUGUCACGCUGGAGGAGUGUCAGGCAGCUCUGCAAAGUCACAACUGGAGCAUCCCUCAGGCCGUAAAUUAUUUGAAGGUGGAGCAGUUGUUUCGUCUGGGCCUGCGGUCGAGAGCCGAGUGUGAGGAGCUUCUGCAGCGCUGCGAGUGGAACCUGGAACAGGCCAGCACGCUCAUGCUGGACACAUAUGGACCACAUCGAAACAGGAAGUGACAGCAGAAGGACAAACUGAGCAGUUAUCAACCACUGACCUUCUCGGAGGACUCGCCGCUCCAAGCACACAGUGAUGCUUUUUAAUGAAUGGAGGUCCAUAAACAGUAUACAGUAUGUGCCUCACUUAAUGUACUGUGAAUACCUGCUAUUACCUGUGUCAUACAAACACAUGCUCAUUAAUAGCUUACAGAGUAGCUUGUUGAAUGAGUCACUUUACUUGAACAGUUGCUAUUUAUGUUUUUUUGUUAUUAUUGUAUCUGACUAAUGACAUGUUAUGUUUCCACUGGUAGCUACUGCAAACCUUUUCUGAUUUUUCAAUAUUGUGAAAUACCAUUCACAUACACAUAUGACACAAUCUCUCACACACAAAACUGAAACCAACUUCACUCAUAUACGCUUAUGAAAUGCUCUCACAAACAUGUGAAAUGCUCACAAAAACACUGUUUCUGUCUCUGCUCCGCUCCGGUGGCGGUCCUCGAAACACGUUUCCAGCAGGAUAUUAAUGAUCAUGUGACAGUUUAUCAGCGGCGCUCAUUAAAUGUAUCUAUUCAGGGGAAACACUCAACAGAUCUUGGGCUCAGGGAAAACUUAGCCCUGCACUAAAAUGAUAAACUUCUCCUCCAUAUUUACCGAAUACAGAUACGGUCUAUCUGCCGGCUGUUAUUGGUUGUUCCUCGUCACAUGACAGGCGUUGCGCGCUGCUGCCAUGAAUGUAUAAAGAGAACACGCACUGGUUGUUGGCGUUGCUCUCGAGUUUGCACGUUUUUGUAAACCAUGGAUUUGAGCGUGCAAAAACACGCCAUGUGUACGGCCCCUUACUCAGUAAAAGUCAAUCAAUAAAACUACACUGGUAAAUAAAUGUACUUGUGUGCUGAAUACUUGUUCCCUGUGUUAUUCCACUCUAAAGAAGAAGUAAAGUAAGUAAAUAUUUAGUUUGGACUUGAUAAACAACGAGGCUCAUAUGAACAUUCAUUGUGGUUUCCUUCACGCGACAGGAAGGCCUUCUCUAUUAACUGUAAUGCCCUACUAAUACACUGCUGAACUCAGCAUUUCACAUGUGUAUCUGAGAGCGUUUUACAUGUGUUUCACAUGUGUAUAUGAGAGUGUUUCACAUGUGUAUAUGAGAGCGUUUCACAUGUGUAUAUGAGAGCAUUUCACAUGCGUUUCAUAUGUUUAUAUGAGAGCGUUUCACAUGUGUAUAUGUGAACGUUUCACACGUGUAUAUGUGAACGUCUCACAUGUGUAUAUGUGAACGUUUCACAUGCGUAUAUGUGAAUGUUUCACAUGCGUAUAUGUGAACGUUUCACACGUGUAUAUGUGAACGUCUCACACGUGUAUAUGUGAAUGUUUCACACGUGUAUAUGUGAACGUUUCAAAUGUUUAUAUGUGAACGUUUCACAUGCGUAUAUGUGAACGUUUCACAUGUGUAUAUGAGUGAAUUUGGUUUCAUAUGUGUAUAUGUGAACAUCUCACAUGUGUAUAUGAGAGCGUUUCACACGUGUAUAUGUGAACGUUUCACACAUGUAUAUGUGAACGUCUCACAUGUGUAUAUGAGAGCGUCUCACAUGUGUAUAUGUGAAUGUCUCACAUGUGUAUAUUUGAACGUCUCACAUGUGUAUAUGAGAGCGUUUCACACGUGUAUA